GAACAGAAUAAUUUAUUUUCUGGAUUCCUAAAAUGAGCUUCGAAGCGGUUCUUUGACUGUAAAGUGACACGGCGUCGUCGUUCGCGGUGCGUCUUAGCUUCAGCGAAAACUCAAUUUCCCAUAAUGCUUUUGCUGCUGCAGCCAGAUCGAAUCAGAUGGGAGCGGAGCGGCUCAGUCACUCGCUUCACUGCUUGAACUCGGUCACUGCUGCAGUCACAGAGGAGAAACCUCGUCGCACUUCCAGUCCAGGCUGGACAGAUCGGGUCGUGUGUCAUGGACAGAGCCGCCAGGCCCUGGUGAACGUGUGGAGUCUGCUAGCUUAACCAGUCCGCCAGCAUGCAGAUGACAUUCGAAUCGUCGAGCAGCGUCACGCUGCUGUUUGACUUCUGGGCUGUGCAGGGGCCGGCAGGCAUGGUGCUGUCGGUCUUUGUGGUUCUGCUGCUGACGGUCUUUUACGAGGUGCUGAAGGUGUGGCGGGUGUGGCUGUCGAGCGGCUCCAGGCUGGCCCAGCGUCAGACGCCGUACUCGUCGCCGCCGUCCUGCCGCAGCGACGGCGGCUCGGUGCUGGAGGGCAGCCCGUCCGAGUCCUCCCUCACGCCCAUUGACCUCCCGCCUCCCGCUGCCGGCCUCAGAAACAGGUGGCUGCUGCACGUCAUCCAGACGGCGGUGCACGUGCUGCAGGUGACCCUGGGCUACAUGCUGAUGCUGUGCGUCAUGUCCUACAACACCUGGAUCUUCCUGGGAGUGGUGGCCGGCUCCGUCCUGGGAUACUUCAUCUCCUUCCCCCUGCUGGGCUACAUGCUGUGGAGUCAGAGCUGAUCUGGAACGGUUACCAAGAGUUUCCCUUCCAGUGUUUUUACACUUUAAUGGACAACAGCGGCUUGUGCUCGAAUAAACGGACUGUUUUGUAGGAGAUUUACUAAAUAGGUCAGUUUCUGUUGUGUAACUCACUCGAUUAAUAAGUAAUGUGAACUUUAUCUUUUGUCAGAGGCGUACUGCCGGCUUGAGAAAACGUCUGAACCAGUAUAGAUCAUUUUCUACGCAGGUUCUGAGAAACCUGUGGAGUCACUACUGAAUAUGGGAGCUUCACCACUGCCUCACAGACCAAACUGAAAGCAAGAGGAAACCUGUUUCAACAUGUCUCAGCUGCUGUCGCAGCUUUUCAAAUCGGGAUUGGAGUCGUGGAGGACUCUGGGUCAGUUUGAGGAACUGACUCAUGUGACGGUCGGCGUUCCUGAUGGGUCACAUGACGCCACAGCAAUCAGCGCUGAAGGAUGAGGAACUGUGCCUUACGGUUAAUGUGUUCAUCCCAUCGGACCGAGAUCACUGCUGGAUGAUGGGAUUUCCCCAGCAGUUACUUUCUAUUUGAUUUUUUUUUUUUUUUUUUUUGAAAGUCGGUUGGACAAAACUACAGAGAAUCGCUGUGAGAUGUUUUUAUUUGACAUUUUAACAUACGUUAUUAGAGGAAGAGCAAAAAACUGUAUACACAUGAACAAAUCAAGCUGGAUGUCACACACUUCACAGGGUUGAUAAUAAAUAAACAGGAGUGGGAGAUCUGUGUACGGACAGACGUGCCUUUGAUAAAUCUAACCUUCUGUUUUGUGUUUAACAUCAGAUGUUUGGAGUGUGUGUGGCGCCAACAAUAAACAAAACAAAAAAAACCUUAUUUAUUGUACAGGACAUGUAGGUGUUGGAAUAAAAACUGAGAAUCAAACUGA